AUGAGCUCCGAGUCUACGUCCUCUUCUAGAGGUUACACGAAAGUCAAGGAUAUUGGAUCAGGCAGCUAUGGCAAAGCCGUUCUUGUACAGGAUAAAGAGAGCAAGCUCUAUGUGAUGAAGAUCAUCGACAUGAGCCGAAUGGAUCCCAAGCAAAGAAAGGAUGCAAUAAACGAAGUACGGGUGCUCUCGUCCCUGAAGCACCCCUACAUUGUGUCAUAUAGGGAAAGCUACAUGUCCGAAGGCCGAAACUUGGCCAUAGUCAUGGACUAUGCAGAUGGUGGGGACCUUCAUCAGCGAAUCCAGCGCACGCGCCAAGCCGGAAAGGUCUUCUCCGAGGAAAGGAUUGUCAGGUGGCUCACAGAAGCAGCGCUGGCUCUCAAGUACUUGCAUGACAAGCAUGUCUUGCACAGGGACUUAAAGAGCCAGAACCUCUUCUUGACGGCUCAGGACCGCCUGCGAAUAGGCGACUUUGGAAUCUCCAGAGUCUUGGAAAGCACAUGUGCCUUCGCAAAGACCACGAUUGGCACUCCGUACUAUUUGAGUCCUGAGAUUUGCUUGGAGAAGCCCUAUACAUUCAGCAGCGACAUCUGGGCUUUGGGAUGCGUACUCUACGAGCUCGCUUGUCUCCGGGUACCUUUCGAUGCAACGAGCCUUCAGUCGCUUGUUCAGAAAAUUACGCGAGGACCAACACCGGUCCUGCCGAAUUCAUACUCGCACGAUCUGAGACAGCUUUGCGGCGAUUUACUUCAUCGUGAGCAGACCCAGAGGCCGAGCGCGCAGGAGAUCCUACAACGACCUCUCAUACAAUUCGAAAUACGGAGAAUGCUCCGGGAGGAGCAGGCAAAAGGAGCGCGGGCUGCUCCAGCUGAGGCUGGUGGACCGAGCAUGGAGAUGAAGAAGUCGCCGAGCAUCCAGAGCGAGGCAAGAAGGGAGCAUGCUGAAAGCAAUGACGAGGGAGGUUUGUCCUCUCGACAUUGGCAGCAGAAUCCUGCACUGAAAGGUGUCGGUGCAAGUGUGUGUAUGGAGGGCGGCCACGUGCGAGACCCUUCUCCUUCCAGGCAAGUGGGGUUGCCUCAGCGGCAGUGGGGCGAGCCUGUUGUUGCGGGAGCGUCCCGCCAUGCCACACCCGGAAUCAAGGGACGACGGGCCUGA